CUUCAAAGCCCAAUUUUUGAAGGAAAAAAGAAGAAGAAAUAGGAGGUUGAAGGAAUGGGGAGGGCUCCUUGCUGUGAGAAAAUGGGGCUGAAGAAGGGCCCUUGGACUGCCGACGAAGAUCUCGUCCUCAUCAACUUCAUCAACCACAACGGCCACGCCAAUUGGCGGGCUUUACCUAAACUGGCCGGGCUUUUGAGGUGUGGGAAGAGUUGCCGGCUGCGGUGGAUGAAUUACUUGCGCCCCGAUAUUAAGAGAGGAAAUUUCACUCAUGAAGAGGAAGCAAUUAUCAUCAAAUUGCAUCAUGAAUUGGGAAAUAGAUGGUCUGUGAUUGCAUCUAGAUUACCGGGCCGCACAGACAACGAAAUCAAAAACAUAUGGCACACACACUUGAAGAAAAGGCUUAGCCAGAGAUCUCGGCCUGAGCCCGAAGCCCGGAUGUACGCGAACGAGACUUCGUCAUCGGAGGAGAACUCGCCGAUGCAUUCCUCUGGUGAGGCGUCGUCGGAGAAUCUGCCGGAGAUGGACGAGAGCUUCUGGUCGGAGGUUUUUUCCGGUGAUCAUUGGAGUGCUACUAGUGAUUUAUUGUCUGGAAAUAGCGAUUCUUCAAUUCCGUUGUCGGAAUCUGUUUGUCAGGAUGAAGCUGGAAGCAUGGAUUUUUGGCACAACUUGUUUAGUAAGGCUGAUGAUAUUGUAGAAUUACCUCAAUUUUGAUUAGUUUAAACUUUUCUUUUUAAAAUUCCAUUUUCAUGGUCAUACAUCUUGAAUAUUGAAUGAGAAUCAUAAAUAUUCAUUUAUGAA